AUGUUUGCCAAGAAUAAUGCAGCAGUAACAUUAAUAGGACAAGUUAACAAAGCUGAAAGACGAUCAGCUACUGUAGGUUCACAAUUAGAGGCUAAUGUUGCAUUGAAUGCAACUGGUAAUAGUCCUACUGCUGGGGUUAUUAAAGCUACUGCUGCACAUGUUGAUCUAACUGAAAAAACAACUCAGUUAAUAGAUAAUGCAGUGCAAUAUGAGGAGCAGGAACUUGAAGAUGUUGAUGUUGUGAGAAGUGCAGAUGCUACAGGUUUGAAGGCAAGUGUUGGGCUCUUUAAUGAAAGGGUUAUGACUUCUGUUGCUGGGGUUAUUGACAAUUCAAAUACAACACAUGCUUCAGCUCCUAUCGUGCCACUAGAUGAGAUUGCUCUUGGGGCGUAUAGUGCAACAGAAAGAGGUAUUCUUGUUAGUUGUUCUGCAGGCAAUAGUGGUCCAUCCCAACGUACUGUAGCAAAUGACGCCCCUUGGAUUCUCACAGUUGGCGCUAGCACUCAUGAUAGAAAACUAAAGGCCACUGUUAAGCUUGGAAAUAAAGAAGAAUUUGAAGGAGAAUCCGCUUAUCAUCCAAAGACUUCAAACUCAACAUUCUUCACUCUAUUUGAUGUUGAAAAGAUAGUACAUGAGCAAUUCGAUGCCCCUUUCUGCGUACCAGGGUCACUCACUGACCCUUCUAUAAGAGGAAAGAUAGUCGUGUGCCUGGUUGGUGGUGGAGUUAGCAGGGUUAAUAAAGGACAAGUUGUAAAGGAUGCUGGAGGUGUUGGCAUGAUUCUCAUCAAUAAUCCAAACGAUGGUGUUACUAAAUCAGCUGAAGCUCAUGUCCUUCCAGCAUUGGAUGUUUCAGAUGCAGAUGGAAAGAAAAUUCUUGCCUACAUAAACUCAACGUCGAAUCCUGUUGCUGCAAUCACCUUCCGUGGAACUGUACUUGGAGAUAAAAAUGCUCCUAUAGUUGCUUCAUUUUCUUCUCGAGGACCAAGCGAAGCAAGUCGUGGCAUCUUGAAACCUGAUAUUAUUGGUCCUGGUGUUAAUGUCCUUGCUGCUUGGCCUACCUCAGUAGAUAACAACAAAAACACAAAAUCAACGUUCAAUAUUAUAUCCGGAACCUCAAUGUCUUGCCCUCACCUUAGUGGUAUAGCAGCUCUCCUGAAGAGCGCGCAUCCUGAUUGGUCUCCUGCUGCUAUUAAGUCCGCAAUCAUGACAACAACUUAUACAUUAAACCUUGCCAAGAAUCCAAUAUUAGAUGAAAGGCUCAUUCCUGCUGAUAUCUUUGCCAUUGGUGCAGGACAUGUUAAUCCAUCGAGAGCAAAUGAUCCAGGACUAGUUUAUGAUACCCCAUUUGAGGACUAUGUUCCUUAUUUAUGUGGUUUGAACUACACAAAUCGAGAGGUAGGUAAAUUGUUACAAGGCAAGGUGAAUUGUUCGGAGGUGAAAAGUAUCCCUGAAGCGCAACUAAAUUAUCCUUCAUUUUCCAUCAGACUUAGAUCAACUCCUCAAACAUAUACCAGAACUGUGACCAAUGUUGGUAACGCGACAUCAAUUUACAAAGUAGAAAUAGUUUCACCAAAAGGAAUUGCAGUGAAAGUUAAACCCUCCAAGCUAAACUUCUCUAUAUUAAACCAGAAAUUGACAUACCAAGUGACAUUUACCAAGACAACCAAUAACUCAGACAGAGAAGUUGGUCAGGGAUUCUUGAAAUGGAAUUCUAAUAGGCACUCAGUAAGCAGUCCAAUUGCAGUUGUAUUGUUAGUGGAAUGAAAUUGUUGUAUUUUUUUUUUUUUUUUUUGUGAUUCCAUGACCAAUGUACUUGUAGUAAUGCUUUCAAUCUAAAAUGUAGAAUAAGUGCAGAAAGUACUCACAUUUGAUUAUAGUGGAAUGUUGUUCUUUUCGGUA